AUGCAAGCCGUACAAAAUGAGAGAAAUCUAAUGCUAGCGAUUCAGGCUAGGCAACAAGACCGCAAUCUUAGUGCACGAGCUGCUGCACGGACGUAUAAUGUCAGCCUCACAACAUUAACGCGCCGGUCCAAGGGAAUUACAUCACGGCGAGAUACUAUGCCUAAUUCGCGGAAACUUACAGAUUUAGAGGAAUCUACAAUCCUCCAAUACAUCCUUGACCUAGAUUCGCGGUCAUUUCCUCCUCGGCUUAGUGGUGUGGAAGAUAUGGCGAAUCGCCUGCUUAUAGAUCGCGACGCGCCUCCUGUCGGAAUUAACUGGGCUUCAAACUUCGUUAAGCGCCACAAAGAGCUUACUACGCGUUUUACGCGUAAAUAUGACUACCAGAGGGCCUUAUGCGAAGAUCCAACGAUAAUUGAGCCUUGGUUUAAGCUUGUGCGCAACACUGUCUCGAAAUACGGCAUCCUAGAUGAGGAUUUCCAUAACUUUGACGAGGCUGGCUUUAUGAUGGGCGUGAUCUCAACCACAGUGGUUGUUACAAGCUCUGAAAGACGUGGCAAGGCAAAUCUAGCUCAGCCAGGUGAUAGAGAAUGGGUUUUAGUACUUCAAUCUAUUAAUUCUCGGGGGGAGGCUAUCCCGCCAUUUAUCAUCGUUGCGGGGCAAUAUCACCUCGCUAACUGGUACGAAGAUAGCACUACAAAUGAGAAAGCUGUAGAUUGGAUCCAGCACUUCGAAAAGCAUACUCAGCCUCAAACUCGUGGCGCAUAUCGUCUUCUUAUCCUAGAUGGGCACGAAAGUCACCACUCAACUGAAUUCGAGUUAUUCUGCAAAGACCAUAAGAUUAUCACGCUCUGUAUGCUGUCUCAUUCAUCUCACAUUCUUCAGCCACUAGAUGUUGGCUGUUUUGGGCCGCUUAAGAAGGCAUAUGGCAAAGAAAUUGAAGGACUUAUGAGGGCGCAUAUAACCCACAUCACAAAGGCUAACUUCUUCCCUGCGUUUUUUACCGCAUUUAAAGCCGCAAUGACAAGAGAAAAUAUUCAGGGAGCUUUUCGAGGCGCAGGACUUAUUCCAUUUAAUCCAAAAAGCGUCUUAUCGCGCCUAGAUGUGAGGCUACGGACUCCAACGCCAGUUGAAGAGGCACUAGAGCUACCAAACGCGUGGGUUCCAAAGACCCCAAACAACCCAACCGAGGCGACUUCACAAACUAAUUAUAUUAAAAGAAGAAUAAGCCGACAUCAGGGAAGCUCACUAACAUCAAUUUUAGAUGCUAUGGAUCAAUUUGCGAAGGGCACAUGCGGAAUAAUGCAUAAGAUGGCUCUCCUAAAGGCUGAGAACCAGCAACUUCGAGAGGCAAAUGCACUAUUAAGUAAGCGGCGUAGAGCUAAAAAAACACGCUUACGUCAAGGCGGCAGUAUAACUAUUUCCGAGGGACAAGCUCUUCAGGACCAGAAUGAUGUAGAAGAGCAGAUUCAGCAAGAAGAUCGCAAGAUAAGAGGUCGAAAGCCUCGGGAUGAGACGAAGGGACGGCGUUGUGGUGUGUGCGGCAAUACUGGUCAUAAUGCGCGAACUUGUCAGAUUGAUUUAGAGACAUCUAAUAAAGAGGAUAGCAGUGAAGAUUAA